UCUGUGAUGCCUCUGCAGUAGGCUUAGCCCCGCCCCUUCCUACGGCCGCUGUGAAAUCCAGCCACUCCCAUCCCCGUGACUCAGAGGAGGGUCCUUUCCGGCACUGAAUAGUCAGCGUCUCCUGGGAGCCUUAUCUGCAACAAGAUCAGUAACCGAAGGGCAGAUUUGCAACAUGCUGAGUUUUUUUAGAAAAAGUCAAGAUCCAAAGAAAAGUACAGCCCAAGACAAGGAGAGUGAUGGUUUUGUUUUCCUGGGACAUCCAGCUAAUGAGCAGAGAAAUGAUACACCUGCGUAUCCCGUGCCACAACUCCCAUACAGCCAGCCUUUCCAGGUCUGCCCAGAAGUUCCCCAGCAAUUCAACAGGGAGGAUCCUGGAGCCAACAAGGUUACCCUGCAGACUUCAGAAGGGAAUGUGGUGAUGGCUGAGCUUCUCAGUGAUAUCCCCUUCAUCUUAGCUCCUCAUGUGCAAGAGGUGCAAAACAUGUGUAGUGAACUUCCAGAGAGAGUCCCUCUCUAUAACCUUGAAGAGAAUUUUGCAAGAUUUCACUAUGAUUUCAGUUUGGAGAAUUCUGUGCUUUGCGGCCUCUAACCACUGUUGCAUGAAAUGCUUCCCACUCACACCUGCAUUUUAUAAGAGAUGGGUAAGGACUCAUCAGUGGCCUGUGGAAUACAUGAAAUACCCCAUUGACCACUACCGGAUUGUUGAUGAGUAUUAUGUGCAGUGGCAGACUUUUAAUUUUAUUUCACAUGGCAAAUUGAAGGUUUUUUUUAAAACUUGUUUUUCAGUAAGAGAAUAAAAAGUAUAUUAUUUAUAGGGGUUGCCCUAAAAAUGGUAGUAACGAGUUGCACAGAUUUUGUAGAGCAAAAUCAGUGCAAAUUGGGAUUGUGUGUUACCUGUGUAUGUUGUGAAUUACAUGUUGGUACCAGUACCUUUGCUGCAUGGCACAAACUCCCCUGAUAUAUGGCUAAUGCAUAAGAGAUUGUGUUCAUUACCUUAUUCUUCUUAGUAUCGGCAGUUAUUAUUGGUGCUUAGUGAGGUAUCACAUGACUGAAAUUUGUAUAUUAUAGAAAUGGAAGCAUUUCAUAUUUAUGACUGUACUAAGUACUGCAGUAACCUAUGUAGGGCAGGUUAUGUUGAUUGUGCCAUGCUAACUUUUUAUCUUUUUCAUGAACGGUUUACUAAAGCAGUUAAAGGGAUACUGUCAUGGGAAAACAUGUUUUUUUCAAAAUGAAUCAGUUAAUAGUGCUACUACAGCAGAAUUGUGCACUGAAAUACAUUUCUCAAAAGAGCAAACAAAUUUUUUUAUAUUCAAUUUUGAAAUCUGACAUGGGGCUAGACAUUUUGUCAGUUUCCCAGCUACCCUGGUCAUGUGACUUGUGCCUGCACUUUAGGAUGGAACUACUUUCUGGCAGGCUCUUAUUUCCCCCUACUCAAUGUAACUGAAUCGGUCUCAGUGGGACUUGGCAUUUACUAUUGAGUGCUGUACUUAGAUCUACCAGGGAGCUGUUAUCUGCUAUCUGGUUACCUUCCCAUUGUUCAGAGUGACUGAAGUUUAUCAGAGCACAAGUCACAUGACUGGGGACAGCUGGGAAACUGACAAGAUCCGAUUUAAAGAUAUAAGAAACAGACCAGGAACAGGCAGUACUUUAGUCUGCAAACACCCUUUAUUGGUGUAUUUUCACUCAUGACAUGUUUCAGGAGCCAGUCCCUUUUUCAAGUGUUCAAAAUUAAAUAUAAAAAAAUCUGUUUGCUUUUUUGAGAAAUGGAUUCAGUGCAGAAUUCUGCUGGAGCAGCACUAUUAACUGAUGCAUUUUGAAAAAAAGAUGUUUUCCCAUCACCGUAUCCCUUUAAGGUUGCAACAGAAUCCUGCUUCACUUCAGUCUGGAAGGUGAAAAAAAGGCUAGACUAGAAAAAGGUAUGCAAUGAGCCUGAAACGUUGCCUAUUAUUGCAUGUGACUCAUAAACACCUUUUGUACCUUUUAGGUUUGGCGUACUGUUGCUUAUUCUGUUUCACCCAUAAAAUAGUUACCCUUAUUUGCAGACAUAGGCGUGGAGUUGCACCAGUGCAAUCUACCGCAGUAACUAAUUAGCAAGUCAAAGUUGAAAUAAUAGACACACAUUUCGGAUUUGAUGUGCGUUAUUGCAUUGCUAAUUUGCUCUUUAAUAAGUUGUCACUACUGAUGGCUUAUGAAUGUAAACACUGUUUUGAAUAUAUAAGGAAACAGAGUCAAUAUCUAAAACAAAAUCAACAUGUGUAAUUGAAAACCUAAAGAAAUAAAAAUAUGUGAUCCCUCUUUUACAUAAAGAA